AUGCACGGCUGCGUAAUGGCGUCACUAAAUUCGCCUUCUUCAUCCGACACCUCCGUGCCCGCUCCCCAGUAUCCCUCUAUCUCUUGCUCCUACCGCGCCUCUUUUUCCGUGCCGUCUCGUCCCUUGCCGUCUCCUUCAACAGCACCUUCCGCUGAGCUCUGCUUCGGGCUGUGCGGCGCGCUCCUCGGCGUUUUCGUGAAAAUGAACGACGCGCGGAGACUCCGCGUCGCUCUGCGCUCCUUUCUCUGUCUUCUCCUUCUUCCAUUGUCAGCCGAAUGCCUAAAAACGUUUCCUUCCUCGGCGUCACUUCUUCCCUCGCAUUAUCGCGUUUGGAUGGAGGCAGAGCCAUCGGCGUCGGCAUGGCCUCUCGAAUCGGGCUUACGGUCUUUGAUUCUCUUGUCUCCUGUCCCUCCCUCUCUCUCUGCGCCGUCUCCUGACUCUCCGGAGUCACCCCCUUUUCCUUCGCUUCCUCACCCUGCUUCCCGCGCUCAGUCGUCUCGACAUCUGACAGUUGCUUUGUUUGCUUCGCCGCUCUCUGCGUCUUUCCCCCGAGACCGAAUGCGAGUCGCUGGCGGGUCUUGUGGUUUGAUGAACGCGCGAAGGGAAGGCGAAGAGCCGUGUUUCCUGAUUCCGUUCUCCAGUCUCUCUUCACCUGCAUCUGCUUCGCGACACGCUGCUGCCUCGUGCAUCCGCGGCUCCUCUCUCUCCCUCUUCAGCCGCUGCGCGCCUCGCUCGCCUUUCGAAGGCCCCUUCUCCGCGCUGGCGUCCUCCAUGAGGCGCCUCUUAGUCGCCGCUCCUUCCCUCGACGCCGCGUCUUUCUCUCCGGCGCCUUCGUCACCUUCGCGGCCUUCAACUCUUUGCACUUCUCCUAUCUUCACUUCCCCCCUCUUCGCUUCCUCUCUGUCUGCGUCCUCUCUCUUCGCUGUGUCCCGCUCUGCUUCCUCUCCUCCGCCUUUCGGCGAUGCCUGGGCGCUCCUCGGCAGAAGGGAGGUCCCUCGUGGAGGCGCGCAGACGGCCACGCGCCGAGGCGCCGAUGCGAAGGCCAGUGGAAGCGAAAAGGACGAAGGAGACAGCUGCGGGACGUGGUUCGCCUCGCUCCGGGGCGCUCCGCCGACUCCCUUUGUCGGCAGCGCGAGACUGGGACAUACAGGCGCGCUGACUUUCACGUCCAGCUGCGAGGUCGCCGUCGUCUCUCCGCUCCACGCGCUCGAGGGAGAGGAAGGAGCCUUUGUCGCAGAGAAACACAAGAGGUGUCCGCGGGCGAUGUCUUCUUCGGCAAACCUCGCGCGCGCGCAGACGCCGUGCGGCCUCGGCUCGCUGGAGAUGAAAGUCAAAGUCCCGACGCCUGCGCUGAAGCCGCGCACGCGCAAGUCGAUUGCGAAGCGCUUCAAAAUCACGGCGACUGGAAAGCUUCUGUAUAGACACUCGGGCCGGCAGCACAAGAUGAAGUGCAAGAGCGGCCGCAGGAAGCGGAGACUGCGGAAAGUCGGCGUCCUCUCAGGUCGCAUGGCCGUCAAGUACCUCGCCUGCAUCCACACGGCGCGCGCGCGCAUCAAGCGGAGAAAAACUGUGCCGCAGCCCGUGUUCAAGAUUCGCACGCCGAGGAAGCGCCGCAGCUAG